AUGGAGUCUGAUCAAUAUGAACAAAGUGGUGGUGGUGGUGGUGGUGAUGAUCAAGGUGAUGCAAAACAAGUUACCAACCUUAGGUCCUAUGAGUGCAAUUUCUGCAAGAGAGGUUUCUCUAAUGCACAAGCACUAGGUGGACACAUGAAUAUCCAUAGAAAAGACAAAGCGAAACUCAAACAACAAUCCUCAAAUAUGGAAGCAAAUACUAGUGAUAUUCAUGAGGUGAACAAGUUAUUAUUACCAAACUUGAAUUCUAAUAUUGCACUGUCUCAAUCUCAAUCUCAACAACAAGAUCAACAACACCAUGUUCCUUCUAGAGAUGUUGAUGAAACUGUUGUGGCUCAACUGAGACAACAGCUUCCACUUUUUUCUGAAUCACCAACAAAAAGUGUAAUGCAAAAGCCACAACAACCACAAGGUGAAACUCAAGGAGAGAAAACUACUACUGCUACUGCUGCUACAGAAGAGGCUUUGUUAUUGUCUGGUCAAGAUUCUUCAUUGGAGUUAGACCUAGAACUGAGAUUAGGGCCUGAGCCACAUGAUUCAUCUGCUCCAACGGGUACCAGAAAAUUCUUUUGA